AUGGCGGCCCCCACGACGUUAACGGCAGUCGGCUUCUUUUUGUGCUUGGUCAUUGGAGCAAAUGUGGAAGCGGAAGAAGAAACGAGGCCACCACAUAUCGCAAUUGUUGGUGGUGGUAUAGGAGGGACAUCCACAGCUUACUUCAUGAGAGAACUCUUUGGGAAUGAGGCUGUCAUUGACUUGUAUGAAAAAAAUGCCAUUGGUGGUCGCCUGGCAACUGUAAACAUCAAUGGAAGAGAAUAUGAAGCCGGAGGAUCCAUCAUUCACCCAGAGAAUCUGUACAUGGUCAAUUUCACAAAAAUACUAGGUUUGGAAAAGAGAGAUGAACCAUCUGGUGAAACCUUGGGAAUAUUUGAUGGUGAGGAAAUGAGACUGACCACUAGUCCUUACACUCUAGUCACCCUGUGGAAAAUGUUCUGGCGUUAUGGUAUGGACAUCUACAACCUUCAGAAGUGGGUCAAUAAUGACCUCAUGGCUAAGUUCAAAAGGAUCUAUGAUACCCAGGAGGCUGGCUAUGCUUAUACCAAUGUCCCUGAACUACUCACUUCCAUGGAUCCAUCCUUAGCUAAUUACAUGAAAAAAAAUGUUUUAAUGGUCAUGCGGGAGGAAGGAUUUCAUGAAGCCAUGAUCCAGGAACUUGUGAUGGGAGCCAUGCGUACCAAUUACGGCCAGGGCUUGGAUAUUCCUGGUUUUGUGGGAGCAAUAUCUAUGGCGGGAGUGCAGUCUGGUCUGUGGUCUGUCAAGGGAGGUAAUAAGAAGGUCCCAGAAAAUAUUGUUAAACAUUCUAAAGUUAAUGUAAUUCCUGCAGAAGUUAAAAUGGUAGAAUUUCUGGAAGAUGAACCAUUUCUGUAUGAAGUUUACUAUAAACAAAACGAUAACAAGGAAGCUACUAGUAAACGAUAUGACAUGGUGGUGAUAGCCACGCCACUUUCUGAUGGAAUCACAGACAUUAAAUUUGAGGGAUUUCAGCAAGAUAUUCACAACUUUCCACAACAAUAUCACAAAACAAUAGCUACAUUUGUGCAUGGACAAGUGAACAGUUCCUAUUUUGGCUUUGACAAUGCUAUGGAUAUGCCAAAUGCAGUGUUAACAUGCAAUAUGAAUUUAUUGAUGAAUUCAUUUGGUCAGCAUCUUCCUGUGGAUUAUAGUAGUGCCUCGGACACUGUUCCACCCAUUGAUGGAAACAUUGUCGGUAAAAUUUUCUCUAACAGGGAACUCACACAGGAAGAGAUUCAUCUAUACUUCAAAUCCAUAGAAGAGGUUCAUACAGUUUCUUGGAUGGCUUAUCCAGAAUACAAUUUUAAAAAGACUGAUGAUCUAGCUCCGUUUUUACUGAAUGAGCGAUUGUAUUAUGUAAAUGCUGUAGAAUUAGCAGCUUCAGCCAUGGAAAUGGAAGCUAUAUCUGGGCGAAACGUCGCCUUGUUAGCGUAUAAUCAUUGGUAUGAUAAAUUGGAUAAGAUUGAUGAAAAGUAUCUUGAUCCAUCUCAUGUAUCAAGGUCGGAAUCUGGUGACUUAUAA